UUCUCUUUCUCAGAAACCAAACACUUCACAGCGAUCGUCUGAAACGAAUCGCGAAAGCUUUCAAUGGACAAGGUGGAGCAGGAGGUGGAGAAGGUGAAGAAGGAGUGGGACGACACCUACAACAAUGUCGUAGAUCAAAUCAAAGCCAUCGAGAACUACGGCAAGUCGCCUUCUUCUUCUUCUUCUUCUACUGCCGGUGCGGAGCUAGAGCCGAAGAAGGACUCGCUGCCCAGAUUGAAGGGCCUCGCGCAAGACGGCUUGUCGUUGCUCAAUUCUCUGCAGUUCAAGCUCGAUCUGUUCGCUCCUCAAUUGCCGACCAACGAUCAGGUCCAGUCCGCCAAGGCCUUGCUCGAGUCCUGGAAAAAUCGAUCCCAGAGUUUGAGGUUGAGUAUGAGGAAUGCGAAUUUGCAAGCGAAUGAGAAUAUUAGGAAAGCUGCUCAGGAAGAGAGGGAACUUCUAUUGGGAGGUGGAGGAGAGUCCACAACUCGCAGGCGAAACUUGCAGACAAAGGCUGGCAUGACAUCUGCCGCAGAAAGCAUCACAGAGAGCCUUAGGCGGACUCGUCAACUAAUGGUUCAGGAGGUGGAAAGGAGCACAGGCACACUCCAGACUUUCGAGGAAUCUACUGGAGUACUGAAGAAGGCUGAGACUGAAUACAAAGGACACCGGAGUUUGUUAAUGCGUACCAGAAACCUACUAUCCACAAUGCAACGCCAAGAUAUCAUUGACAGGGUGAUAAUUUCAGUGGGAUUUUUCCUGUUUACAUGUGCGGUUCUUUAUGUUGUUUCGAAGCGCAUUGGUAUACUGACGUUGCAGAGGAAGGUCACAGCUGCUUUCAAGGCCGGUAUGGUUGGGAAAGAACUCCAGCCUGGAGCUGUUGGCAACGGUGUAAAUCAUGCCCCGGUCUAUGACAAUGUAGUUCAUAAAGUUCAGGAACCUUUAGAAAGAUUAAUGCACGAUGAACUAUAACACUCUUAGAAAGAUUGUUGUGUCAUUUGCUUUUUCAUGGGUUGUCUUUCCAGUUCACAUUGAUAGCUAUUCUCUACCACAUAGGUUUCAGGAGCAGCUUUGUUUUCUUUUUGAGCAGUAGGAGCCAGCUUUGUCAAACAUGUACACUUCUUGUUUCAUAUUGGAAAUGAAGGAUAUCAUACAUAU